GCAGCCUCAGUGUACUCAGGAGUGUUCACACAGAUCUUUAAAGAGGAGAGAGGGCUGUACCAGGACAAGGUGUUCUGCUUCGUCCAUCUGAGCGUUCAGGAGUUUCUGGCUGCUCUUCAUGUCCAUCUGACCUUCAUCAACUCUGCUCUCAAUCUGCUGGCAGAUGACCAAACAACCUCCCGGCUGUCUAAAGUCUUCAGAGACAAACUUAAACUAACACAUCUCUACCAGAGUGCUGUGGACAAGGCCUUACAGAGUCCAAAUGGACACCUGGACUUGUUCCUCCGCUUCCUCCUGGGUCUCUCACUGCAGACCAAUCAGACUCUCCUACGAGGUCUGCUGACACAGACAGGAAGUAGCUCACAGACCAAUCAGGAAACAGUUGAGUACAUCAAGAAGAAGAUCAGUGAGAAUCUGUCUCCAGAGAGAAGCAUCAAUCUCUUCCACUGUCUGAAUGAACUGAAUGAUCGUUCUCUAGUGGAGGAGAUCCAACAGUCCCUGAGUUCAGGAAGUCUCUCCACAGAUAAACUCUCUCCUGCUCAGUGGUCAGCUCUGGGCUUCAUCUUACUGUCAUCAGAAAAAGAUCUGGACGUGUUUGACCUGAAGAAAUACUCUGCUUCAGAGGAGGCUCUUCUGAGGCUGCUGCCAGUGGUCAAAGCCUCCAACAAAGCUCUGUUGAGUGGCUGUAACCUCUCAGAGAGAAGCUGUGAAGCUCUGUCCUCAGUUCUCAGCUCCAAGUUGAAGCUGCUGUCUGCCGGACUCGAGAGUCCACACUGUACACUGGAAACUCUCAGGCUGUCAGGCUGUCUGAUCACAGAGGAAGGCUGUGCUUCUCUGGCCUCAGCUCUGAGCUCCAACCCCUCCCAUCUGAGAGAGCUGGACCUGAGCUACAAUCAUCCAGGAGAGUCAGGGGUGAAGCUGCUGUCUGCUGGACUGGAGGAGCCACACUGGAGACUGGACACACUCAGGUUUGGACAGACAGCAAGAGCUCACACACUGCAGGUGUCUCUGUAA